CUGAUGUAAGAACAAUAACAAGAAACAACACAGAGAGGAGGAGGUGAAGGGCAUUCUGAGAAGUACACACCCCAGAGCUGGGGGAGUGGCUCUGCUUCCUUCCCUCUCUGCCUGGCUCCCCUGGGCGCCCAGACCACAGAGACCCAGCUGUGACCUGGAAGCUGAGUCCGCAGAUCUGAGCCUGCAGGCAGCAGCCCUGAGUCCCCUCACAGCUGGCGGGGGUCACUGGCCAUGGGAGGGUGCAAGGGUGAGGGGGUCAGCUGAUGGGAGGGGAUCCUUGGAGGGCACUAGGGCUGGAUGCUCUCUUAGCAAAUGAGGAUGAGGCUCCUGUGGGGACAGUUCCCCUUCCUGUGGAGGUGCUGAUGUGACAGCCUUGCGACAGGGAGGCCCAGCCCUAAGAGAAAACACUGUGUGUCUGUCCAUCCUGCUGGGCUCAGAGGAGGACACGCCAUGACCCCCACCCUCAUAGUCCUGCUCUGCCUGGGGCUGAGUGUGGGGCCCAGGAUCUGCGUGCAGGCAGGAACCCUCCCCAAACCCACCCUCUGGGCUGAGCCAGGCCCUGUGGUCCCCUGGGGGAGCCCUGUGACCCUCUGGUGUCAGGGGGCCAUGGGGGCCCAGGAGUUCCAUCUCUAUAAAGGGGGAGGCCUAAUACCAAGUGACAGUCAGAUCCCACGGGCACCCGGGAACAAGGCCAACUUCUCCAUCCCAGAGAUGCGAAACCUCCAUGCAGCGAAGUAUCAGUGUUGCUAUCUCAGCUCCCCUGACUGGUCAGAGCUCAGUGACCCCCUGGAGCUGGUGGUGGUAGCAGGAUCCUACAGCAAACCCUCCCUGUCAGCCCUGCCGAGCCCUGUGGUGACCCCAGGAGGGACCGUGACCCUCCAGUGUGCCUCAGAGCAGGGAUUUGACAGGAUGGUUCUGACUCAGCAAGGAGAAGACAUGUCCUCCAGGACCCUGGACACACAGAGACACUCUAGUGGGCAGGUCCAGGCCCUGUUCCGUGUGGGCCCUGUGACCCCCAGUCACAGGGGGACAUUCAGAUGCCAUGGCUGUUACAGGAGAAGACCCCAGGUGUGGUCACCCCCCAGUGAGCCCCUGCAGCUCCUGGUCUCAGCCCCUCAGCCCCAGGACCACAGGGUGGAGAACGUGAUCCGGAUGGGCGUGGCUGCCCUGGUGCUGCUGGCCCUCGGGGUCCUGCUGUGGGAGGCUCGGCACAGCCAGAGGAGCACCCAGGGUGCCGCCACCUGCAGAAGGGGCCCCCGGGGGGCCCAGACGCCAUCCUGAGGGGAGGAUCCUGGGGGUCUCUCUGGGCCUGGGAGGCUCUGAAGCAAAGCCACAGCAUGUGCUGGUGAGCCGAGUGCUGAGAGCCUCAUGGAGGGUGACAGAGCUUGUCAGGAGAGAGUCGGGGUCCCUGCUCAGAGGCCCCUCGUGUCAGCUGCUCUCUGUCCCUUGUGGACCUGCCUGUCCACCCUGCUGCCUCUCCUCCCCUGUCUCAUCUCUUCUCUCCUGGCGGCAGGAGGCCGCCCUCCCGGCAGGCCUGGUCCACACCUGGAGUUUGCACUCUGAGCGGCUGCUGGGGCCCCUCGUCUUCACCCCACACUCCUGCCUGUGCAGCCGCCUCCAGCUGGGAGUCCCCAGGCAGAUGUGGGCUCCCUCCAUGAACGAAGCCGUGAAGACUGGGUCCCCGGGAAUGAUGCCUCCCCCCACCCCCUCUGCAGCAACAGGCCUUCUCUCUGCCACCCGAACCCUGUUUCUGUAGAGUCACCUUCAGAGUGAGAGCCUGCCUGGGAGCAGCCGGGUGAGAAGUGGCGUUUCUCAGCCCCGCAGCACGUCAGCCCCAGAGACAGCACAGGGCUUGAGAGUAGCAGACAGGGCACCUGUGUGUCCCCCACAGAGAUAGACACCCGCCCUGGGGACAUGGGGAGCCUCAGCCACCCCAGCUGCUGCUCACAGCUUGUUUUCAGAGAGACAGCCACCACACAUCCCUUUUUUUUUUUUUUACAUCCCUUAGAGAGAGAGAGAGAGAGAACACCAGGGCAUCACCCGUCUACAUGUGAUGUCAGGAUCAAGCUGGAGCCUCAUGUUUUCCCUCCAGUGCUCUAACCACUGCACUACCUCCCAGGCUGUUCAGAGCUUUGUAAGGAGAGCUGAGAGGGACAGCUGAGAGAGGGGCAGCGUGUCUGCAGAGAGCUCUGAGCACAGGCAGAGGCCCCGGGAUCUGGGGAGAGAGAAGUGAGAACCUGACCCCCAGAGAGAAACAGCGGUUCAUCCCCAGGUGACCUGCUUCUGCUUCUCUGGUUCUUGUCUGCAAUUGUCCAGCAGAAUCUUUCCACCCACCUGGACUUUGGAUAUUUUAGGGGUCACGCAGAUGUCAUGUGCUGGGGUGAUACAAAACCAACCAAGAAAAGGGGCAGCCUUGCCAGGAUGGACUUCCAGGAGUGAGCCUUCUUCAAAGCCCUGACCUGAGGCUUGCCUGCUAGUCUGUGGCUAUAGCUUCAGUCUGGGGAGAGCACUCACUCGAUUACCAGGAAGGACACAGCCCCAUGGCCUCAGCUCAGGCCCUGCCCCUGCUCCAGCCUGCAGAGCAGGCCCAGGGCCAGGAAGGCAGCCCAGGGUCACUGCUCCAGGCCACAGCUAGCUUGCUGCCCUUGCUCUCUGAGCCUAGAGAAUUGAAAUGUGGAGAUAGAUAAAGGGAAUCCAUACUCCGUCAAAUUCCGUGCAGCUAGCAACAGAGGGAGGGGACAGCCCCCAGGAAGACGCAAAGCCAUCUUCCAGGCCAGGGAGAUAAUUUAGGGUCUGCCUGGACCAGGGUCACAGCAUCCUGGAGCCUAGGGACAGUGGGUAGCUGGGGUGGCCAUGGGAGGGGCAAGACCAGAGUUGGACGGGCUGCCAUGUGGACUCUUCCCUGACACCUGUCAUGGGCUCUAAUCUCUGUCAGCACAGCACUCUUCUAGUGUGACGGUCAGAUUUUUACAUUUGUUAAUUUUUUAUUGGGGAUUAAUGGUUUAUAGUCAACAGUAAAUACAGUGAUUGGUACAUGGGUAUAAUUUCUCAGUUUUCUGGGGGCUGGGUGAUGGCACACCUGCUUGAGCACUCGUUACAAUGCACAAGGACCCGGUCAUGACCCCAGUCUCCACCUGUAGGGGAAAGCUUUGUGAAUGGUGAAGCAGGGCUGCAGCUGCCUCUCUGUCUCUCUCUUCCUCUCUAUUUCCCCCUUCCUCUCAAUUUCUGGCUGUCUCUAUCCAAUAAAGAUAAUAAAAUAUGUUGUUUAAAAUUUU